AUGUAUCAAAAACUAUUUCGCUGUCACUCGCAUUCCCCCUGUCAAUCGCCCCCUUCUCACUCGCAUUCCCCCUCUCACUCGCAUUCCCCCUCACAUUCGCAUUCCCCCUCUCGCUCGCUUUCUCGCCCUCACUCGCAUUCCCCCUCUCACUCGCAUUCCCCUUCUCAAUCGUAUUCCCCCUCUCAAUCGCAUUCCCUCUCUCACUCGCAUUCCCCCUCUCACUCGCAUUCCCCCUCUCACUCGCAUUCCCCCUCUCACUCGCAUGCCCCCUCUCACUCGCAUUCCCGCUCUCACCCGCAUUCCCCCUCUCACUCGCAUUCCCGCUCUCACUCGCAUUCCCCCUCUCACUCGCAUUCCCCCUCUCAAUCGCAUUCCCCCUCUCACUUGCAUUCCCCCUCUCACUUGCAUUCCUCCUCUCACUCGCAUUCCCCCUCUCACUCGCAUUUCCUCUCCCACUCGCAUUCCCCCUCGCACUCGCAUUCCCCCUCUGACUCGCAUUCCUCCUCUCACUUGGAUUCCUCCUCUCACUCGCAUUCCCCCCCUCACUCGCAUUCUUCCUCUCACUUGCAUUCCCCCUCUCACUCGCAUUCCCCCUCUCACUCGCAUUCCCCCCCUCACUCGCAUUCCCCCUCUCACUCGCAUUCCCCCUCUCACUCGCAUUCCCCCUCUCACUCGCAUUCCCCCUCUCACCCGCAUUCCCCCUCACUUGCAUUCCCCCUCUCACUCGCAUUGCCCCUCUCACUCGCAUUCCCCCUCUCACUCGCAUUCCCCCUCUCAUUCGCAUUCCCCCUCUCACUCGCAUUCCCCCUCUCACUCGCAUUCCCCCUCUCACCCGCAUUCCCCCUCUCACUCGCAUUCCCCCUCUCACUCGCAUUCCUGUCUAUCAAACGUCCCAUGGCAUACACCGACCAGGGAGUACGCACGGCGGGGUGCCAAGGGAGUACGCGCGGCGGGGCGCCAAGGGAGUAUGCGCGGCGGGGUGCCAAGGUGUUUGCGACAGCGCGGUCGGUAGAGGCCAUGGCAGGGUUGCAGGAGCAGGGCGUGAGUACAGUGAAGCUGGAUGUGACUAAAGAGGAUGAUAACAAGUCUGCAGUGGAUGUGAUUGUAAAGAGCGCCGGCCAGAUUGACAUUCUUGUGAAUAACGCGGGCGUGCUUAUAAUGGGGCCUGUGGCGGACCUCCCUCUCUCCUCCUGGCGCCUUGGCUUUGAAACCAACCUGCUGGGAGCAGUGGCUAUGGCACAGGCUGUGUUUCCCCACAUGGCUGAGAGACAGAGCGGGUGCAUUGUGAAUCUAUCGAGCAUCCUGGGGUACCAGGCAUUGCCCAUGGGCGCUGUGUAUUCAGCAUCCAAGGCAGCGCUCACAGCAGCGUCAAACUGCAUGCGCAUGGAGAUGAAACCGUUUCCUCUGACCCCCCUUGCCUCUCCCACAUUUCUCAAUCUCAGGCCCAUGGGCGCUGUGUAUUCAGCAUCCAAGGCAGCGCUCACAGCAGCGUCAAACUGCAUGCGCAUGGAGAUGAAACCGUUUCCUCUGACCCCCCUUGCCUCUCCCACAUUUCUCAAUCUCAGGCCCAUGGGCGCUGUGUAUUCAGCAUCCAAGGCAGCGCUCACAGCAGCGUCAAACUGCAUGCGCAUGGAGAUGAAACCGUUUCCUCUGACCCCCCUUGCCUCUCCCACAUUUCUCAAUCUCAGGCCCAUGGGCGCUGUGUAUUCAGCAUCCAAGGCAGCGCUCACAGCAGCGUCAAACUGCAUGCGCAUGGAGAUGAAACCGUUUCCUCUGACCCCCCUUGCCUCUCCCACAUUUCUCAAUCUCAGGCCCAUGGGCGCUGUGUAUUCAGCAUCCAAGGCAGCGCUCACAGCAGCGUCAAACUGCAUGCGCAUGGAGAUGAAACCGUUUCCUCUGACCCCCCUUGCCUCUCCCACAUUUCUCAAUCUCAGGCCCAUGGGCGCUGUGUAUUCAGCAUCCAAGGCAGCGCUCACAGCAGCGUCAAACUGCAUGCGCAUGGAGAUGAAACCGUUUCCUCUGACCCCCCUUGCCUCUCCCACAUUUCUCAAUCUCAGGCCCAUGGGCGCUGUGUAUUCAGCAUCCAAGGCAGCGCUCACAGCAGCGUCAAACUGCAUGCGCAUGGAGAUGAAACCGUUUCCUCUGACCCCCCUUGCCUCUCCCACAUUUCUCAAUCUCAGGCCCAUGGGCGCUGUGUAUUCAGCAUCCAAGGCAGCGCUCACAGCAGCAUCAAACUGCAUGCGCAUGGAGAUGAAACCGUUCGGAAUAAAGAUUGUGCUUGCGACUCCUGGGCUUAUCAAGACUGAGCUUUUCGGAAAAUCCCCUCAGAUUUCUGUCCAGUUGCCGCCCACCAGCCUAUACGCCCCCUGCCAAGCCAACAUUGACAAAAUGGCAAGCCUCCCCCAUACAACAGCCAUGACCCCCCCUUCCCAACUCGCAUCUCUAAUCGCCAACGCCUCGCUUUCCCCCAACCCUCCCUGGCGCCUCUUUGCCGGAGAACUAUGGCCCACUGUGAUGGCAAUGGUGUGGUUUGCUCCUGUGUGGCUCACCGACUGGGUUUAUUGGAGCACGGGAUAUGGAAAGCUUUUAGCAGCAGCUGAAAAGAAGAAGAGGAUUGCUGGUGACGUGGGGGAGAGGAAGCAGAAGUAA